AAAAAAGUGACCCGGAUGUGCUUUCUGUUCCUUUGCUCAGCCCUCACUUUCCAGAAGCGGUUGAAGGACGUAGUCUUCUGUGUAUCCUAGAAGUCAACUGCUAAAAUCAAAAUGGCAGGACACGACUCCGGAACUCAUCAUCAGUUCACUGGUAUUCAAAAAUACUUUAAUUCCUAUACCCUUACUGGCAGGAGAAAUUGCGUGCUGGCCACAUAUGCUGGAAUUGCUGCAAUCUUCCUUUAUUUCAAACUUAAACCGAAGAAAAAGACAGAAGCAAUUGCAGCAAAGUAAAUGGUUUUCUGUGUGUUUUAUUGUACAGAGGACCAGGAUUGUAGUUUUGCUUUUUAAUAAAAGCAUGCCAGCACUGUAUUGGAGUUCUAAGUUAUCUACUCUAAAAAUACAAGUACCAUCAUAAACUUUUUUUUUAUUUACAAGGUAUAAAAUGGUAUAAAAACUGUACAGACAAAUAAAGACGACAAUGAUAA